CGGACGGCACUCCCUCAGCAAAGAAAGAAAACAAACACCGCAGUGCACUACUGCCAGCCGCGGCCUCGCUCCACUGCCCACUUGUUGCAAACCUCGCUAGUCCCCAGCUAGAGACGGCGUGGCGCCCGAGAGUGUGCCACCGCUCCGCUCCACUCCGCACCCGCACCCCCGCAUUGUUUCAAAAUCCGCAGGCCGGUCCACGGAGGCGGCGCGGCGGUGGGUCGCCGGCGGGCAGGGGCGUCUCUGGUGCGGGAGGGGGUUCUUGGUUCUUGAAGCUCUAGCCCAAGCACGGAGGCGGGCGAGGGGAUAGGAGAGAAGGGCUAGGGAGCCGGAGGAGUGAGCGAAGGAGAGGGAAGCCAUGGCCGCUGCGCGCGUCGUCGCGUGCCUGCUGGCGGCGGUGAUGUGCCUCUCCUGCGAGGCAGCGAGGUCGCCGGAGGCCAGGAUGCACCGCCACCUCAAGCGCCUCAACAAGCCGGCCGUCAAGAGCAUCGAGAGCCCAGACGGGGACAUCAUAGACUGCGUGCACAUCUCGCACCAGCCGGCCUUCGACCACCCGUUCCUCAAGAACCACACCAUCCAGAUGAGGCCGAGCUAUCACCCGGAGGGCCUGUACGACGAGUCCAAGGCCAAUGUGGCCUCCUCCGGCGACGGCGAGCGGCCGAUGGUUCAGCUCUGGCACCGGAACGGCAGGUGCGCACCGGGCACCGUCCCGGUCCGGAGGACCAAGAAGGACGACUUGAUGCGCGCGACCUCGAUGCGGCGCUACGGCAGGAAGCACAAGCCCACGGUGGCGAACCCGAUGUCGGUCGAUCUCGCCAUGCUCAACGAGGGCGGCCAUCAGCACGCGAUAUCAUACGUUCAGGGCGAGAAGUACUACGGCGCCAAGGCGACGAUCAACGUGUGGGAGCCCAAGAUCGAGCAGCCCAACGAGUUCAGCCUGUCCCAGCUGUGGAUCUUGGGGGGCUCCUUCGGCGAGGACCUCAACAGCAUCGAGGCUGGCUGGCAGGUUAGCCCGGACCUCUAUGGGGACAACAACACAAGACUGUUCACCUACUGGACUAGUGAUGCGUACCAGGCAACAGGGUGCUACAACAUACUGUGCUCAGGGUUCGUCCAGAUCAACAACGAGGUGGCCAUGGGGGCCAGCAUCUUCCCCAUCUCGGGCUACUCCGGCUCGCAGUACGACAUCAGCAUACUCAUCUGGAAGGAUCCGAAGGAGGGUCACUGGUGGAUGCAGUUUGGCAAGGAGUACGUGCUGGGUUACUGGCCGUCGUUCCUGUUCUCGUACCUGGCGGACAGCGCGUCGAUGAUCGAGUGGGGCGGGGAGGUGGUGAACUCGCAGGCGGAGGGGGUGCACACGUCGACGCAGAUGGGCAGCGGGCACUUCCCGGAGGAGGGGUUCGGCAAGGCGAGCUACUUCAAGAACAUCCAGGUGGUGGACAGCACCAACAACCUCAAGGCGCCCCAUGGGAUGGGCACCUUCACGGAGCAGUCCAACUGCUACGACGUGCAGAACGGCAACAACGCCGACUGGGGCUCCUACUUCUACUACGGCGGCCCCGGCCGGAGCGCCAACUGCCAGUGAUGACAAGAACACCACCAUGACUGACGAGUGAGUGAAGUGUAGUGUGGUGCACCAUCUGCAUUGUUAGGCCUAGAUGAUGAUAGGUGUCAUGUGAAUGGGUCCUGGUGUUGUCUCCUGAUUUUUUUCUUUUUUGAUUUUCUCCCGUGUGUCAAUCAAGCCUUCUGAAGAGAAGCAUGGCAUGUGGUGUGGUCUGUGGUGGUGCACCAGUUGCGUGAUGGCCUACCAAAGGCUCCUUUUUCAUACUGUGGUAGUAGAUUCAUUCACCUGUCUUUCUUUC